GCUGUGAGCAGCGGGGCCGGGCGGGCAUGGCGGGCCGCGGCCGCCGCGCCUGGCUCAGCGUCCUGCUGGGGCUGGUGCUGGGCUUCGUGCUCGCAUCGCGCCUCGUCCUGCCCCGCGCCUCCGAGCUGGCGGCGGCGGCGCGGCCCCACCGAGCCCGCCCGCAGGGCUGCCGCCCGCCGCCCGCCGCCGCCGCCGCCGCCCCGCCGCGCCGCCCCGGCCCGCCGGCUCAGAGCUUCCUCUUCGUGGGGGUCAUGACGGCGCAGAAGUACCUGCGGAGCCGCGCCGUGGCCGCGCACCGAACAUGGUCCAAAACCAUUCCUGGCAAGGUCGAGUUCUUCUCCAGCGAGGGUUCGGACACCUCUAUUCCCAUCCCCAUCGUGCCGCUUCCAGGUGUAGACGACUCUUACCCACCCCAGAAGAAAUCUUUCAUGAUGCUCAAAUACAUGCAUGACCACUACUUGGACAAAUACGAAUGGUUUAUGAGGGCUGACGACGACGUUUACAUCAAAGGGGACAAACUGGAGAACUUCCUCAGGAGCCUGAACAGCAGCGAGCCGCUCUUCCUGGGACAGACCGGGCUCGGCACCACGGAGGAGAUGGGGAAGCUGGCACUGGAACCAGGCGAGAACUUCUGCAUGGGGGGGCCAGGAGUGAUCAUGAGCCGGGAGGUGCUGCGGAGGAUGGUGCCCCACAUCGGCGAGUGCCUGCGGGAGAUGUACACGACCCACGAGGACGUGGAGGUGGGGAGAUGCGUGCGGAGGUUUGCGGGAGUGCAGUGCGUGUGGUCCUACGAGAUGCAGCAGCUGUUCUACGAGAAUUAUGAGAAGAACAAAAAGGGCUACAUCCGAGACCUGAGGAACAGCAAAAUACACCGAGCUAUAACACUGCACCCCAAUAAGAACCCCCCGUACCAGUACAGGCUUCACAGCUACAUAUUGAGCCGCAAGAUAGCGGAGCUGCGCCACCGGACUGUGCAGCUGCACCGGGAGAUCGUCCUGAUGAGCAAAUACAGCAACACUGAAAUCCACAAAGAAGACCUGCAGCUGGGGAUGCCGCCCUCCUUCAUGCGAUUCCAGCCCCGCCACCGCGAAGAGAUCUUGGAAUGGGAGUUUCUUACAGGAAAAUAUUUGUAUUCAGGUGCCGACGGGCAGCCCCCGCGGAGAGGAAUGGACUCAUCUCAGCGUGAAGCGUUGGAUGACAUCGUUAUGCAGGUCAUGGAAAUGAUCAAUGCCAACGCUAAGACCCGGGGGAGGAUCAUAGAUUUCAAGGAAAUACAGUAUGGCUAUCGCAGGGUGAACCCCAUGUAUGGAGCAGAGUACGUUCUGGACUUGUUGCUCCUGUACAAGAAGCACAAGGGGAAGAAGAUGACGGUCCCUGUCCGGAGGCACGCGUACCUGCAGCAGACGUUCAGCAAGAUCCAGUUCAUGGAGCACGAAGAGAUGGACGCCAAAGAGCUGGCCAGCAAAAUCAACCAGGAUUCUGGAUCCUUGUCUUUCCUCUCCAACUCGCUGAAGAUGUUCGUUCCCUUCCAGCUCAGCAGAUCCAAAGCAGAGAGGAAGGAGCUCAAAGACAAGAAGAUCAACAUCCUGAUUCCUCUCUCUGGGCGUUUUGACAUGUUCGCAAGGUUCAUGGGGAAUUUUGAAAAGACGUGCCUCAUUCCAAACCAGAAUGUCAAGCUGGUUGUCCUGAUUUUCAACUCCAACUCCAACCCUGACAGAGUGAAGCAGAUCGAUCUGAUGAGGGAGUACCGCUCCAAGUACCCCAAGGCUGACAUGCAGGUUCUUCCCGUGUCGGGGGAGUUCUCGAGGGCACUGGCUCUGGAAGUCGGAUCUUCUCAGUUCCAGAACGAGUCUUUACUUUUCUUCUGUGAUGUUGACUUAGUGUUUACUGCGGAAUUCCUCCAGCGGUGUAGAGCCAAUACAGUUUUGGGUCAACAAGUGUAUUUUCCCAUCAUUUUUAGCCAGUAUGAUCCAAAGAUUGUUUAUAGUGGAAAGGUUCCUAGUGACAAUCAUUUUGCCUUCACCCAGAAAACAGGUUUCUGGAGGAACUAUGGCUUUGGUAUCACCUGUAUUUACAAGGGUGAUCUUCUUCAAGCAGGUGGCUUUGAUGUCUCCAUCCAAGGUUGGGGCCUUGAAGAUGUAGAUCUAUUUAACAAAGUCAUUCAAUCUGGCUUAAAAAUUUUCCGAAGCCAAGAAAUUGGAGUAGUCCACGUGCAUCACCCUGUUUUUUGUGACCCUAAUCUUGAUCCAAAACAAUAUAAAAUGUGCUUGGGGUCCAAAGCUUCAACUUAUGGGUCCACACAACAGCUGGCUGAAAUAUGGUUUGAAAAAAAUGACCCAAAUUUUGGGAAAAGCAGCAAUACUAAUGGCUCAGUGAGGACAGCCUAAUGUCCAGCUAUGCUGGAAAAGACUUUUUUUUUAAUUAUCUAAUUUAUUUUUGGGAAAAUGAUUUUUGAUAAUUCACUUUUAAAAGACCACACAGGAUAUAUUUUAGAAAUCAUCGUUGUUUUCUUACAAAGCGCUCGUUUCGAGAAGAACAAGGCCCUUGGGUUUUUUUUGUUGUCGUGUUUUUGGUUUUGAACAAAACUGUGAUCAAUAUUUGCCUUCAGACAAAACAAAAUAAUUGUUUAAGAGUUAUCUGACCAAUCAGCGGAAAUCUGACUUGAAUUAGAAUUUCCUUAUGAACAAAAGAUUGUUUCCUGCCGUUUCCUUUGCCGUCUUCGUUGCUGGGAUUCUGUAAAUUGGGACCUGAGCGUGCAAAGCCAAGUGACAAAACGCUGUGUCUAAAUGUUUUGGUGUGACUGCUGCCGUGCAAAGAUUCUGCUCCUUUGGUUCAGCAUAGCCAUGAAUUUUCAGUUUGUGUUAGACCAAACCAAACCGCCGUGGCGAUGAGAAGGGUGGUAGUCGCACGAGGGGGUUUUUCCUAAUUAUUUCCUGAUUAUUUCAGUUUAAAAAUACACUUCCACUUAUUAUGGGCAGGCGACUCCAAGGGAGGGAAGGAAGUAAGCGCAACCCGUGAUCCGGUUAGUCCCUGUAGAAAUUGUUGUGGUUUAUAUUUGGUCCAUAUAUGGACGGAAUGUUUUAGGAAUCCGUGGUGGGUUCUGUGUAUUGUCCUCAACCGCUGUCCUAGAGCUGAGCGAUGCGACCAAGAAAUGCUGAGGUGUGAUGUGGGAGGGGAAGAGGCUGGGAAAUGGAAAUCUCUUGCAGCCAAAUGGCAGCACGCAGCGAACAGUCCAAGAUUCCUGAAAAUAACUUGGAAAAGUCCUCUGCACCGAGUGUCCUGCGCCCGAUUGCAUCGACUUUGUUCGGUCAAUUACAUGAUGUUAAUGGGAACAAUUAUUACAUUUGAUUACUAGUUUUGUUUUGGGAUUAUUUUUUUCUGUAUCUUCUAGACCGUUAAUUUAUUUAAUAUCCAUUGUUUUAGAUUCUUGACCUUUCCUUGAAUAUCUGUUAGUCAUUUUAAUAUUUUAUAUAUAUAUAUAUGUGUGUGUAAAUAUAUAUAUAUAUAUUAGGAAUGUAUUGCAUCUUCUCACUGAUAAGGUAGUGUACAUCAUACUUAUAGUAAAUGAUCUCCAAAGAUUACUUUCUAAAA